GUCGCCGAACCCUCAACUCCUAGGAGCCUUUCUGGAUCUUAGGCGGUAGUUUACCUGGAAACGGAACAAAAUGAAGCAUUUUACUUUGCUGACUUUGGCUCUGGCUGUAAUUGCGACGCUCUGUGUCGCGAAAACACCCUAUAAAGCAGUUCUUCAGCAUAGCAGAAUUAGGGGAAGGCAACAUGGCCCCAAUGUAUGCGCGAUGCAGACAAUCCCAGGCACUGAUAAGAAGUACUUCACCAAUUGCAAGCAAUGGUAUCAUCGCAAAAUCUGCGGCAAAUCAACGGUGAUCACCUAUGAGUGUUGCCCCGGCUAUGAGAAGGUUCCUGGGGAGAAGGGCUGUCCUGCAGCUCUGCCAUUGGUCAACAUCUACAACACCCUGGGUGUGGUUGGAGCCACCACCACCAAGAUGUACUCUCAGAGGGCUGAACUGCAGGCAGAGAUUGAGGGACCGGGCAGCUUUACCUUCUUCGCUCCUAGCAAUGACGCUUGGGCUGCCCUGCCAACUGAAAUACUGGAUGCCCUGGUGAGCAAUGUCAACAUUGAGCUGCUCAAUGCCCUCCACUACCACAUGGUCAACAAACGUCUGACCUCUGAUGACCUCAAGCACGGCACGGCCUACCCCUCCAUGUACCAGGACUUUGAUGUUCAUAUUCACCACUAUCCCAAUGGGAUCAUCACUGUGAAUUGCGCCCGUCUGGUGAAGACGGACCAACAUGCCACCAACGGGAUUGUGCACGUAGUUGACCGUGUCAUCACUGCCAUCACCAACAACAUCCACACGUUCCUCGACACCGACGAUGACCUGGAGACACUGCGAACUGCUGUUGCUGCUGCUGGUCUGACUACCUUGCUGGAAAGCGACGGCCACUAUACAGUAUUUGCACCAACAAAUGAGGCCUUUGAGAAGAUCCCCCCCGAGACACUGAACAGAAUUCUGGGAGACCCCGUGGCGUUGAAAGACCUUCUGAACUACCACAUCCUGAAGAACAUGCAGUGCUCAGAGUCAGUUGUGGCCGGGACACCACUGGAGACACUGCAGGGCACUGUGCUGGAGGUUGGCUGUGAUGGCAACGAGAUGACCCUCAAUGGCAAGGCCAUCAUCACCACGAAGGACCAACUGGGAACAAAUGGCGUAGUCCACUACAUCAAUGAGCUCCUUAUCCCUGACUCAGCCAAGACCCUGUUGGAGCUGGCUCAGGGAUCCACUGUUUCAACGGCAACCAUGAUGUUCAUUGAGGGUGGCCUGGAAUCCCACCUGACUGGCUCUGAAUCAGUGACAAUGCUUGCACCUCAGAAUGAUGCUUUCAAUGAGGUCGGUACAGCAAUCACUGAAGAAAUGAAGACACUGCUGUCUCACCACAUUGUGAAGGGGCAGCUGUCCUCCAAGAGCCUGUACCAUGGCCAGGUGCUGGAGACCAUGGAUGGGCUGAAGCUCAGGGUGUUUGUCUACCGCAACAAUCUAUGCAUCGAGAAUGUCUGCAUUGCCGCCCAUGACAAGACUGGCCGUUUUGCCACCAUGUUUAUCGUAGAUAAACUCCUUACCCCGCCUGUCGGCACAGUGAUGGACGUGCUCAAGGGAGAUAACCGUUUCAGCACCCUGGUGGGAGCCAUUCAGACAGCCGGGCUGACAGAGAUGAUGAACCAGGCUGGGACCUACACCGUCUUUGCCCCAACCAAUGAAGCCUUCAGCGCCAUGCCUGCAGAUGAACUCAACACACUCAUGGGUAACCCUAGCCAGCUGGCGAGCCUUCUGAAGUACCACGUAGGAGAUGAGAUUCUGGUCAGUGGCGGGGUGGGGUCCCACGGCAGGAUAAAGCCCCUGGAGGGAGAGAGGCUGGAGCUGAGCUUGAAGAACUACACCGUGUAUGUCAACAAGGUCCCUGUAACUCAGGCUGACUUGAUGGCCACCAAUGGAGUCAUCCAUGCCGUGGGCUCAGUUAUCCGGGCUCUGCCUCCUAAGGUCUUGAGUGAUGAGACACAGACAUCGAGGACGGUGUUCACACGAACUUCCAUUGUGAGAACUCACAGACAGGCUGUUAGAAAGGAUGAUCUGUUCCAGAAGGUUUUGAGAAGUAAUACCAGAAGAACAAUUUCUCGUGCUCAGUAACUCAUUGUAAAAGGAAAAAAAGUCUGAAGAAUUUAAACCAAUAAAGUUUCAAAAAGUAGUUCCUUUUGCUAAGGAAUAUAUUCUUACACUUGAAAAUUCAGCAGGUAAUGAGUCUAUACCUUGUUGUAAAUGUAAAGCUAAAUAAACCAGCAAAUAUUUUGGUAGAUGCAUUUGUAUGAUUGUUUUUGUGUAUCAAAGCCUAAUUUCAGAUAGAAAAAAGCCUUUUUGGCCAUUUGAUGUGAGAAGGGUGUGGUGCUUAAGCCAAUGCAUUUGGCUUAAGGCAUUUAGUCAAGGCUUUGUUAAUAUUACAUGAAGCUUAAUUCAUAAUUUUGUUUGAAUGCUCAUACACCUGAGGUGACUCUUCUGUUUGUCAUUUCAUGUCCCAUUGUAAUUUGGAACAGACCUAAAAAAAAAUGUACAUGGUAUUUUCUUCCCAUUUACCUGUAGCAUGUUUGCAUGGUGUUUAAGAUGAUUCCGAAGUGCUAUUUUGGCAACAAAUAUUUCAGAAGUCUAGUUCAUGUCAUUUGUUUUGUGUAUGUGUGUGGUUUUUUUUUUUUUGGUUGGUUGGUUGGUUGUUUCCCAUAGUACAAUAACACACACCAUUUGUAACAUACAGUACUGUUUGGAUUUUGUUGAAAAGUGCUUUGAAACAGGUCUGCCAUUUCAAAAUAAAAUGUUCAUUUUGUAGCCAAAGAGUUAAAGUGUGCAGUCAUUUUUAAUAUGCAGUUUUGAUCAUAAUAGUACAAGUGGGGAAUGUGGUGCAGUCUGUAGGGUGUCCCCUGUGCAGACGGGGGUUCAAUCACCUGCAACAGCACUUUCUGAGCUGUCCUCCCUCUUAUAUCUAUCUCUGGUUUCUCACUGUCUGACUAAAGCUGAAAGUACAAAGGGAAGACAAACUGUCCACUCUACUUUUGUAAAUAAAGAACUACUGCAAAUUUUA